AUGUCGAAAUCAAAUCACCAAGAAGACCUGGAUCUCCUUCUUUCACUUCCAGAUAGGGUUUUGGAAACCCCUCCAGCUUCUCCUUCAUCUCGUUUCCCAGAUUAUUUGUCAGAUGAUGGAUCGCCAAAGCGAAUGGGGGUGGCAGAUAUGUCUGUGUUUAGGGAUGCUGUUCAGGAUUGUCUUGAUUAUGAUACUGAAAUUGCCAAGAAAGCUGCCAAAUCAAACCAUACAAAGGGGUCAACUGAUGCCGAGGUUGAAAAGUUUUCGGGUUUGCGAAUUAGAAAUCAAGUAGUUUCACCUGUUGAACUGAGCAACCAUUUUGCUGAUAUUAGGUUCAUACGGUUAUCAGCAAUAAGGAAUUCGCUUCUAGGCGACACCCUUUCUGGUUGUUGGGCAACUGUUGGUGUUUUAACCGAGAAGGGGCAACCAAGAACAAGUUCAACAGGGAAGACAUAUGCAAUCUGGAAAGUUGGAUCUUUGGAUGAAAAAACUAUUUCUCUUUUUGUUUUUGGUGAUGCUUAUCAGAAGAACUGCAAUGAAAAGGCCGGUGCAGUUUUUGCGCUGUUUAAUUGCAGCGUACGCAAGGACAACUCGGAACAUGGAUUUUCAUUGAGUGUUUAUUCAUCCAGUCACAUUUUAAAGAUAGGCACAUCUGUGGAUUAUGGAGUUUGCAAGGGGAAAAGGAAGGAUGGGAUGGCUUGCACUGUAAUCAUUAAUAAGCGGCGUGGAACAUAUUGCAGCUACCAUAAGCAGAAAACAUCUGAGAAAUACUCAUCCAGCAUGAGGGCUGAACUCAAAGGCGGGAACCUACGAACGGGUUUCAGAGAUCAUCUCAAGUCUGAAGGAAUUUACGUCGUUAAUCCUUUAGCUGACAAGACAAACUUCACAAAGUCUAAAGCACCAUUGAAGUUACUGUCAGUAGAUGGAUUGAAAAGGGCAUUAAGCAAUGCAGGGAAAGUGACUACCAAUGUACAUUCUCAGGGAAUAAGGUUUCUUAGUCAAGUUACAGGAAAAUUGAACUCAAACAAUACCAAAGAAUCUAUUACUGGUCGAGAUCAAACAAGAAAUAUGACAACAAACGAAAGGCCAUCCUCCACCAAGAGAAAGAAUCCAAGUGAAACAAGACCAAGUCACAGUUGUGAUCAAAAGAAGCCAAAAAUGGGGCAACAAAAUUUAGGACAAAAACCUCAACAGGUUAAAGAAAAAAUGAUAGAACUAGACCUUGUCAGUUCAGAUGAUGAACUUUAGAUUUAUAAUCAUCUAAUGUAAUGUAUUCCUAU